CGCCGCCCUCCGCUGAGCUCCACAUCUUAGUAUGUUGGUUCAUCUUCCAAAGUGUUCUCGCUGGAGUGGACGACGUAAUAUAUGGAGAAACGGGGUCACAUCUUAGCUUUGACAUGUAGCAAUCGGAGCGUUGAGUUUGUAGGUCGCGACACACUUUCUAGGAUCGAUCGAUCCCUCACGGGAAAUGAUCAUUCAGAAGUAAAUCAGAAGAGCUAUAGGUGGAAUUCAUGGCUUCAAUCCCACACUCUAGGUGACUCUAGAAUUCAUUGGAGCCUGAGGGAGUUUGUCGGUAAACUUAGGGGCGGAUAUCCACGAGCGUUGUCUUCUCCUCGACAUACACACGAAGGAGUGCGGCAGCGGGAGGCUUGCUUGAAGAUUUAUCUCAGGAUUGCCGAAAGGGAAGGUGGGUGAGAAUUGGGUUGCUGAUGCACUUGAGUUGAGGCUAUUGUAUAAUCGGCACCUGCAAUGGUGCUUCAUUAAUGCAAGAGCAGAGAUAGCUUGUUAUGUACACAAGGAAAAUGCUGAGAGUACCCUAUAUAAUGCAUAUUUGUCUACUUCAAAGUUACGUCAUUCUGUUAGAUAAAAAAGAACGACAGAACUACCUUUAUUAAUGCUCAAUUUGAAGUUGUAUUCCAUCUUCAAGCAAUAAGUUCCUAUUUUGGAAAGUUGGGAUCACAUUGAUGAAGAGCUGCUAUAUGUGCUUUGGAGGCUAGCACUACUCGCCUACAUGUUGUUGAUGGUCUAAGGCAGAUAUUCAAAAGAAGCCAUUUGCUCAAUUGUUGAUGUGAUGCUAGCAAUGGUGUCUUCGAUAUGCUCUCCGCUUCCUAAGGUUCAACACACGAAUGCAUUGGUAAAUGAGCUAUCUAGUAUAGCUUCCCUAGAGUGUGCUUCACCUGAUAAAUGUAAAGAGCUCUUGUCCAUGGUGGCCGCAAUUCAUGUGAAGCAUUGUAGUCGAAGGACACAUCUGUUACAACUGAAGUGCAACCUGUCUGGAUCAACAACAAAAGUGCAAAUCGCCACAUCUCUCUGACUGUUUCUUACAAUAAUUGAUCCUCUAACUUCAACCAACCAACACAGCUCCGUUCCUUAUCCAAAGUGACGCUCAAGCGACAAUAUCAAUUAGUAUUACAAAGUUGCUUGUUAGUUAAAGAGUUAACCGUGUUAGGCGACUCUAGGAAUGUAUUGCACUGUGUUUUUUUUUUUGUUUUUUCAUUUGAUGAAAUUAGGUGCAUAGCUUUUCAUACUAAAAAUUCCGGUGAACUAUUGGACAUUGGAUAGAUGCCUAGUUAUGUUUUUUAGUUUUC